AUGGGCGCGUCGCUGGUGGGGCGUCCUGUCGGUCGCUCUGCAGCGCGCCGUGGCCAGCUCCGCGCUCGGGGUCUGGAUUAUGCCACCCCUCCCCUGCCACGCGGGAUGCACAGGCAAGUCGUCUUUCUGUCUGACUGCAUCCCAGCCCUCGGGGCUGCAGCAGGCACAUCACAGUUUGCGCCAGACGGGUUACCGCAGGCCACUCGGCAUGUGCACGAUCUUGCCUUAGCUUGGCUUGAACGCCGGCCUCAUUACCAGCACGUGCCGGGACAUGCGGGGGUAAUGCCCAAUGAGCUUGCUGAUGUUGUUGCAAAGGCAGCCGGGCGAGGGGUUUCUGUAGGAGGCUUUGAUGGUCCGGUUGCUUCGCUUCAUCAUCGUUGGCUUGCUAAUGGAGCUCCAGACGUUGCGUGGCUUGCAGUUGCCAUUCGAGGUUUGAGAGGGGAGAGCGGCUUGCCGCCACCGUGCGGCGGUGGCCUAGGUGACGACACUUACCACGGCGGGCUCUCAAACAGUGACCUCCUGGCGCCUUUCAUGUCAGGCCCUGCAGCCACUGAUGAGGGGUUGCGUGAGGACUGUCAACUUGCUCUUCGUGUCGUCACGUAUAAUGUCUUGACUCUGAGCGGCGCCGCGGAAGCCUCACAAGGCGUUGCCCCGGAUACUGGAGUAGGACUUGCCUUUAAGCCUGCCAGACCAGCUCUGCUAGCAAGGCAGCUCUCCCAGCUUCGUGUUGACAUUGCUGCUCUCCAAGAAACACGGUGUGAAAAAGGAUCCUUGAGAUGUGGAGACUUUCUCAGAUAUUGUUCUGGCGCAGAACGUGGACAGCUCGGAGUUGAGCUUUGGUUCCGGACCAGAAAUGACUUUGCAGUUGGAGCAGGUGAUGGCAAGUCCUCCUUGCGUUUUACACCACAGGCCUUCGUCAUGCUACGUGCUGAUGCACGGAGGCUGAUCAUGCGAUACUCUGAUGGAGGGCUCACCAUUGUCUUUGCUUCCUUGCACGCCCCUCAUCGUGGUUCAGAAGACACGGUUUUACUCCGAUGGUGGCAUGACACUUUGCUCCUCAUGCGUCGCUACGCCUCUGACGCACUCGUUGUUGCUGGCGGUGACUUCAACGCUAGUGUAGGCAACGUUGUUUCUGACUUUGUCUCUGAUUGGGCAGGCAAGGAACAAGACCUUGCGGGUGAGCAGCUUCAUGCUCUGCUCCAAGCGUGUGCUGCUUGGCUCCCCUCUUCCUUUGAAGGAGUGCACAACGGCCCUUCGGCCACGUUUGUCCAAAAAAGAAAUGGCCGUCCUACGAGACCUGACUUCGUGCUCCUUCCUCUUGCCUGGCGCUGGGGUCAGCUCGCGUCCUGGCUCGACCCUGGUCUGCACUCAGGUCACGAUGUGCAGGAUCACACUGCCGCGUUUGUUGACGUCCAGGUUUGUGUCCGAGCCGCAGGAAAGAAGCGCCCUCAGCGGAGACGUCGGAUUGACUCCCGAGUUCUCUCAGACCCCCGGAGGGCACUCGAGGCGAGACAGGCCCUGUUGACUGCGCCAGUUGUGCCAUGGGGAGUCUCAGCUCAUGCGCACGCGGCUUUAGUUGUACAUCAUCUACAAGUUGCCCUCGCUCCCAAUUUCAGCACAGCGCCCUCUGCCCCCAAACACGCGUACAUCACUGCUGAAACCUGGGCUCUGCAGCGGGAAGUUAGUAACCUCCGCCGGGCACUGCGGAGACUAGCGGAGCAGAUCUCUACGCAGCUGUUGCUCGUUUGUUUCAACCUUUGGCGCACAGGUGAGACCAGUGGCCUGCUUUGCUUCCUUAACUCGCCUUGGCGCCGUGAGACGCGGCACGCUGCUGCUAUGCAAACCCAUGCGCUGUCGAGAAGGAUCCGUCGGUGA